CGAAAUGAUCGCUGCCCCUGAGAUGGCAGACCAUCAAAUCUGUCACGUGCGCGGUUGGUAAAUGUGAGUUUUUUGAAAAUACGGCAUAAAAUACUAUUACGAAGGUAGGGGAAAUUUUCUCCAUGGGUAGAAAAAAAAAAUAUAUAUUUAGGGAUUUCUCAAAGCAGCGCAACAGUCAGAGGAAAGACCUGCUUGUCUGUGCGUGCAGUUGAGGAGCCCAGCAAGUACCGGGAGGGGCGCCUUCAUGCCGGGUUUUUUGUCCCAAACGGCAAAUCUUUUUUAAAAACCGUAACCCUCUAAAAUCUGCAAGGCCCCAAACUUCUGGAAAGCUGCACACUGUGCCCUUUCCCAGCCGGAGCCUUCCCGGGAAGCCCAGCCCGGCUGGGGGAGAGCGGGUGGGUGGGCGGCGGGGCCGCAGCCACCCACCUCCCCACCUGGCCACCUCCUGCCUACCGGCUGGCUUGCGGGCAGGGGCGCAGGCAGCACGUUGGCGGGGGCCAGGCUGGAAGGCUGCUUUGCCGCUCAGAGAGAAAUCCCCACCUACGGAGAGCAUGGGUUUCAGUUUCGAGGCGUGACAAACGGCGUGGUACGAGCUCUUUCCUCCGCCGCCACCGCCGCCGCCGUCGUUGUCGUGCUGUGGGGCUGCAGGGGAGGGGACGGGUGGGCAGCUGCCAUCUCGGGGGGGUGCAUGGUGGAACGCACCAGGGAUGGGACUGUGACACGCGUGCGGCGGCGCGGGCGGGAGGUUUCCAGCCGAAAUCGGCUCCCUGCAUCCCUUCACAGCUCCCGGCAACGCCAUCUGGCACGGCGAGCCAAAGUGAUGCUGAUGCCUUUACUCAUGGUUUCCAAUCCCAAACGAGAGGGGAGCAGGGCGAGCUGUCACCCGGCACUGGGAAUGGCAAUAUAAACCCAGUCGUAGAAAAUACGGACUUGGCAUCCCUGGAGGUAUCCAGACCAGGGCUGGAUACGGCCCCGAGCCCCUCAGGUCUGCUUGGAGCGGGCAGGGAGGCAGUCGCGGCCGGGGCUACCCACGUCUUCAUCUCAAGACUCGAUACCCUGCCUGGGUUUAAUCCUUUGCCUCAUCUCAGUUCUUCAAACCCAUUUCCCUGUAAGUUCUCACGAAGGAACAGUUCCUGUUUCUCCGCCUCGGCCGCGACCACGCUUUUUUCUGCCCAGCCCCAGGCACAGCCCUCAUCCCACAGCUCCGCCAGGAGCCUUCGCUACAGCCCCACGGGAAAACCAGGGAUUUAAAAGAUACUCAGCUUUGCUCUAAUUCAGAGCUUGCCAGUGUUUUUGGUGUUUUUUUUUGUUUUGUUUUGUUUUUUUUAAAUCUCCGUGAGCUGAAAUUCCAUGGGGAUGUUGGGUUUGGAAACCCGUCCCCCACCAACCUGCACCCAGCCCCAGGGCUGCGGCGUGACUCCGGCGAUGGAGACCCCUGCCGGAGCCGUACCGCCCCCCUCCCGCUGCCACCCCUGCAAGCCGGACACAUCGCUUUAGUCUUUAGUCCCGCAGACACCAUUAACCCCUUUUGUCAGCACAACGCAACUGCGCGCUCAAGCUUAAAAGUGGGUUUUGUGGUUGAUGUAAGGAUGCUGUGAUUAACAUGCGCCUGGGUUCAAAAAAAAAUCAUUUUUCUUCCUCUGCCAUGCAGGCAUGGGGACACCCAGGCGCUUCCCCAGAGAAAACCGGGGCUGCCCUAAAGGCCACAGGGACAGGCAGCCCCACUUGCAUCCACGCGGGUGCCUUCAGCCCCCGGGGCUGCCUCUCUGCAGGAGGAUGAGGAGAGGGCGGCAGAGGCGAAAGCUGAUGCCCGGGCGAGACGCUGCAUCCCUGCGUGGCCCCAGGCGGCACAAGCAGCAUCACCAGCACCACCAGCACCAGCACCAGCAUCACCACCAGCAGCAGAGGGGGAAGAGUUAUCCCAGGAGCGCUGCUCUCCCCUCUCCUUCAGCAGCCGCGCUCGCUGCUGAUUCAUUUUUGGCCGGUGAGCCCACGCGAGGCGCAGCACCUCCCGCCACUCCGUGGGGUUUUGCCUUUCUUCUUUUUCGUCAAACGGGCGCCAAGUUACCAAAAAAACCCUCGUCACGUGGCUGCGAUACGGCAGCCCCGCUUUCAUUUACUGGAACUGCACAGCCUCGAAAAAACACAAGUUUCCAGCAGCCCGGACGAGCCACUGAUGCUCUUAGAGGGCCCCCCCAGGCACCCAGGGCUUUGAAGGGUGCGCUGGGUACCCCAAACCACCGUCCCAAAGCCGUGCCGCCCAUCCCGUGGAGACACUCACCCGAACCGUGGCUGCUUCCCCGCAUCCUCCAGAGCCAGCGUCUGCGAUGGGGAGAGAAAACAUCAGAGCUGGCGUGGCCAGCAGCGCGGUUCUUAUGUGUGUCAAGAAAACGAACCAACCCGAAAAAGGCGGCUUACCGGCAGGUUUGUGACACUGGAGUGGCUGCGGCGGCGGCUUGGAUCUGGUGGGAUUUGGCGACCCCGGGUGCCCUUGUGGUUGUGGCUCCCCAUCAGCGCCCCGGCCUCGCUGAGGCUCUGCCCGAGCAUCCCAGGGACCAUCCACGAAGUCGGUCCCUCCACACCUCCAGCCAGUGCUCCCCGGCAUCCCCAACACUCUAG